ACAUUCAAUUCCGGGUUACUGGCGGCGAGAUUGAAACUCGCUGCUGCUGCUGCUGCUGUGGUGAUUGUGCUGCUGCUGCUGUGGUGAUUGUGGUGCUGCUGCUGCUGCUGUGGUGAUUGUGCUGCUGCUGUGGUUGUGCUGUGGUUGUGGUGGUUGUUGUUGUGGCGGUUGUGGUUGUCAUUGAGCGAGCGAGCAGCCCCGGCCACCGUCACCCGUCCCAGCAGCCCAGCGACCUCGCGCGUUGCCUCUGGGCUCGCAGCAGGCGAGGAGAAUGACUCUUGGCGAGACGGGAGGAGGAGGUGGAGGAGGACGAGGAGGUGGUGACGACGACGAGGGGGGCGAGCUGGAGGCGCUGAGCUGCGUGCUCUACGCCUUCGCGGACGUCGAGGAGGUCCGCCGACUGCUCGCCGCGCUCCCGGGGGCCGCCUCGCAGCCCGCCGACAACGAGAAGAUCACCGAGCGGUUCUUCUUGAUAAUGAGCAAAUACCAGGAGCAGCCACACUUACUGGAUCCACAUUUGGAGUGGAUUCUGGACUUGAUGUUGCCUAUGGUGAGGUCCGAAGACUCGCCUGACCUCAUGCACAUCACCUGCAAGUUCCUGUACAUAAUCUCCAAGGUGCGCACCUACAAACCCUUCAUCCGUUUGUUCCCGCACGAAGUGGCGGACUUUGAGCCAGUGCUGGCUCUGCUCGAGGCUCAAGACCCCAUGGAUCGAGAGACGUGGCAGACGCGAUACAUCUUGCUGCUGUGGCUCUCCAUGCUGUCGCUCAUUCCCUUCGACCUGACGCGCUUCGACGGAGCGCUGCCCGGGGGCGUGAGCGGAUCCGAGCGCAAACCCGUGAUGGAGCGCGUCCUCGACGUCGCCAAGACGUACCUCGUGGUGACAGAUUCACCCAGAAAUGCCGCCGCAACCCUCGUGGCAAAGUUUGUGACCCGACCGGACGUGAAGCAGAAACACCUCCCGCACUUCAUGGAUUGGAGCUUAUCGGCACUGAGCAGCAUGGAGAUGGGGACCCUGGAGCAGGAGGCGAGGGCUGAUGGCAUGCUCCGCUCCCUGGCCCAGAUGUUCAAGCAUGGAAAGAGAGACGAUUUUCUACCGCACGCGUCGGUGGUGCUGCGGUGCGUGGUGAAGUGCAGACUGUUGGAGGCGAGCAACACGAACCUGCGCAAGCUCUCCAUCAAGCUGGUGCAGCGCAUCGGACUCACCUUCCUCAAGCCCAAGCUGGCCGCGUGGCGGUACCAGCGCGGCAGCCGCUCGCUGUUGGAGAACCUGCAGGCGCCAGGGCAGCAGCAGCAGCAGCAAAGCCCCCUCAUCGUCUCCUCGCAGGCCUCCGCGGCACCCCGAGCCAAUGACGGCGACGACGGUGACGAUGAGGAUGACGACAUUCCGGAAGAGAUGGAGGGGAUCAUCGAGCAUCUGCUGUCUGGCUUGAAAGACAAGGACACCGUUGUUAGGUGGUCGGCUGCCAAAGGGAUUGGACGCGUGACGGGGAGGCUUCAGAAGGACCUGGCUGAUGACGUCGUGGCGUCCAUCCUGGAGUGUCUCAGCGUUGGCGAGACGAACCAGGCGUGGCACGGCGGCUGUCUGGCGCUGGCCGAGCUGGGCCGCCGAGGCCUCCUGCUGCCCUCGCGCCUCCCCGACGUGGUGCCGGCGAUCGUGCGCGCGCUCACGUUCGACGAGCUGCGCGGCGCCUGCAGCAAGGGCUCGCACGUGCGCGAUUCGGCCUGCUACGUGUGCUGGGCCUUCGCCCGGGCCUACGACCCCGGCGAGCUGGCGCCGUUCGUCCAACGCAUCGCCAGCGCGCUCGUGAUCACCGCCGUCUACGACCGCGAGGUGAACUGCAGGCGUGCCGCCUCCGCCGCCUUCCAGGAGAAUGUGGGGCGACAGGGCACCUUCCCGCACGGAAUUGACAUUGUCACGGCAGCCGACUACUUUACCCUCGGGAAUCGGAGCAACAGCUUCCUGAAAAUCAGCGAGUACAUCGCCGGCUUCCCAGAAUACACCUGUCCGCUCAUCGACCACCUGGUAGAGCUCAAGAUCAACCACUGGGACAGCGCGGUGUGCGAGCUGGCGGCGAGGACCCUGCACAACCUCACCGCCAAGGCCCCCGAGUACAUGGCCAACACCGUGCUGCCCAAGCUCUUGCCUCUGGCCACGGGAAGAGACCUCAACACGCGCUACGGAAGCAUCCUGGCGUGUGCCGAGGUCACGCACGCUCUGUCGGAGCUGGCCUCCCGCGACGGCAGGCGUGUGGAGGAGCUGCUCGGCGACGAGAUGGUGACCGGGCUCAAACUCAUCCACGCGAAGCUGAAUGAUGCAAAGUAUUACAGGGGCCUCGGUGGGGAGCUCAUGAGACCCGCAGUGUGCCGCCUCGUGGAAAAACUCUCGCUGGCCAAGAUGCCGUUCAAGAACGACGAGGUUAUCGACGGCUGGCAGUGGCUGAUAGACGACUGCCUCAAGAAUCUGCAACGGUUCAACAAUCCAGACGGUAUCAAGGCUGCGGCAAUAUCGGCGCUGGCCGCUCUAUGCGAGUUCUACUACCAGGCCAAGGCCGGGGAGGCCGACCGCGCCGUCCAGGCUGCCCUGUUGGAACGCUACUUGGCCGGGCUGCAGAGCAGCGACAAGAUGACUCGAUGUGGCUUUAGCUGUGCCCUGGGGGCCCUGCCGACGUUCAUGCUCGCCGGGCACAUCAGCCAGGUGCUCGCCGGCCUACAGCAGGCCACGGCCAUCGGCCCCCACGAGGAGAAGUUUGCUGAGGCCCGGAGAGACGCCGUCGGGGCCAUCGCCAGCGUGUGCCUGACGGUGGGCGUGGGCCUACUCGACGGCGACUCUGAGCACACACUUGGCGCGGCCACCCUGGGCCGCGUGUUCGAGGCCAUUCUGGGCGCCAUGGAGGACUACACGAUGGACGCGCGCGGCGACAUCGGAGCUGUCGUGCGCGAGGUGGCCAUGGUCAGCCUCAAGGAGGUGAUUCUUCUCGUGGUCGACAAGUGCCCAGAGAUGCUGUUGCCGAGCGUGUGCGAGGAGGCGAUGUGCCGUCUGCUGCAGCAGGCGGCGGAGAAGAUCGACCGCACGCGCGAGCAGGCCGUGUCGGUGCUGAUGGCGCUGCUGCACCGCGACGAGCGGCCCGUGCCGCACAUCCCGCACCGGCAGCAGCUGCUGGACGCCUUCCCCAGGGCGGACCUCAGCGCGGUGAACUGGAGGAUGGCGUCGGAGCUGUUCUCGCGCGUGGUGCAGAUCCUGUCGCUGCCCGUCUACCAGCCUCGCCUGCUGCUGGGCCUCACCAUAUCCGUGGGCGGCCUCACCGAGUCCACCACGCGCAGCUCUGCUCAGGCGCUCUUCGCAUUCAUGAAGAGCAUCCGUCAGGACACGGAGGCGAUGAACGCGCUAUGCAGGACCCUCCUGCAAAUAUUCCGGUCCAACCUGAGGAACAGCAGGGUCUCCGUGCCGCUCAUGGCGAUGCUGGACAAGAUGCUGGCCAACGGCUGCUUUGAAGCGAUCGCGGACGACCCGAGCCACACGUUCCCCGUGGAGGUGGUGGCGCUGGUGCAGCAAGAGUUGCGUGGAUCCAAGGACACGUUCAAGCUGCAGACCGGCCUGCCAGUAUUCUGCGGACUCAUCCAGUUCCCCGGUGAGGCGAGGAAGAACGCCCUGCUCAACCUCAUGAUGUUGCUGUGCCACAGCUACCCGAUAAUCCGCAAGGUGACGGCGAGCCAGCUGUAUGAGACGAUGCUCGUGUACGACGACAUCGUGGAGCCGGACGCCGCGGAGGAGAUCAUGAGCCUGCUGAGCGACACCAACUGGGACGCGACUCUGCCGGUGGUGAUCGAGACGAGGAACCAGCUGUGUGACCUCCUCGGGGUCACGCGUCCCGUCCUCAAAGCCAAGGUGCUCGCGAAGCCGAGUGCACAGUAGAGGGGGAGAGCGGCUGAUGGGUCUGCAGACGCCACGGGUGGUCUGAUCGUUUUAUCACCUCUCCCCUGUGGCUCUUCACCAUCACAACAUCUCAUAGUGGCGAGAUGUUAACUACUUUGCUUGGUAUACAGGAGGCCGUGGGUUCCAUCCCGACCCUUGACGAUGCCUGCAUAUGUGGAGUUUGCACUUCUCGCUCUAGUCACGUGGAUUUUUCUCCAGGUCCUCUGGUUUUUUCCUCCACAUUUAGAAACAUGCGUUUAUAGUAAAUGGCUGCUAUAUGCUUCCACAUAAGCCACUUAGUUGACCUAUCAUUUGUGGCCAGGUCGCUUCUGAAAAAUUGCUAGAUAGCUCAGUGGACCCUAUCUCAUAAAAUGUAAAUUCUUUGUUCUAGACAACACAACACCGAUGAACUUCAGGGGUCAAAUAUUGAUUGCCUAUUCACAAUGCCGCAGCGGCAGCUGCAUUUUGAAAAUGUCUUCUCAUUUCGACCUCCAGACAACACGCUUUCGCCACCGUCAAGGUAUUUAGAGUCAGCGGUUUCGAUUCCUACAGCCACGUGGUAUAUUCAGCAUGCAAACACCAAAGUGCGCUCGCUGCCUGCUGCAAUGUGGAUGUCAGAUGUCCGGCGACACCACUCGUAAACUUAGGAGUUUGGGUCUCAGCGUCGCGCUCAGAUUUGCAAACCUGCUCACAGCUUUGUUACAAAAUGUUCUCGGUCGAGGUGGUUUGUGUGCGUCGUCGAUGCUGCUGGCUUGCCUCCCAUCCAUAGCAAUCGCCCCAAAAUGUCUUCAGUUCUGUCAGAGCCACGCCAGCGCCAAUGAAGGGUCAGUAGGCACCACGUUUUUUCCCCCCCACUGCAGAACCCAAGCCGUGCCACUGACAUCAAAAUACACAAUGAGGAAAGUGAAUAACAAACCCUCUCUCUCUCUCCCCGUGGCCCGGCUUGGCUCCCAAGCCAGAUAGAGAUGUCUUUCGAGGCCUGAGUUUCAUGGGUUGUGCGGGCUUGGCAAAUCGCCAGUGGAACACCACCCAUAAUUAUAAGGGCCCCUCAUUGGUGUGGCUUAGAUGGGCGAGUGGAAUUGGGGGCUGGUGAUACGAGACUCGGUUGUGAAGAGACACGAGACAUAACUGUUGGCAGCUAAAAAAAAAGUAAAAAAAUAUUCUUACGUUAAAAUGCUUUCAUAGUUUAAGACAAUUGCACUGCUUGGUUUACUGGAGUGAGUUUGAUUCAAACCAUUUAAAUGAGCAUUCACCACUCCCAGGCACUUACAGCACUUAAUUCCCAGCAUAAUGACAUACGUUUGUACUGUACUACGUAAUUUAAUUGAUCUCGUGUCUAGUUUUGUGUUAUCAACAUUGUAAAGUUGGUCAUGUUUUGCGCUAGCACCAUGUUUAUUUUAGAACCGUAAUUGCGAUAGUAAACAUGUGGCUACGCGCAGGCAGGAUUUUAGUGUCAAACACAUGGGUCCAAUUGUCGAACUGAUGUCCUCACCAAAUACAGUGCAGCAAUUAUGGAUCGUACUUUGGUCCCACGAGAUUAUUGUUUGCACGGCCAACGUCACAAUUGUGCACUCGCUUGAAUGAUCGCCGUGCAACUCAUUGGUGCGCCAUUGCGUGGCUUACGAAUGCCACUCCCUAGUGUGGUGGCUUCGAGGGGCGCAGACACAGCAAGGUUUUGAACUGGAAAGUCCGGGUCCUUUGUCUAGGAUUAUUUUGCUUAAAUUCACACAGAAACCCCCCCCCCCCCCCCCCGCUGAUAAAGGUUGUCAAUCUCAGUCGCUCGGAAUCGAAACAGACGUUUCGUAUCGACAAGCUGUUAGGUUGAAUGUGACUAUGGCAAUGUGACAUGGCUUGGACAUUUGAUGUUUGCUUCGGUGAACACUCGUUUAACAUCUGGUGUGAA